AUGUUCCAAUCUAACAAGCUUCUUUCCUCCCUCGGCCUUGUCAUGAGUGCCGCUAUCGUUGGAGCCAUCCCGCCGCCCACCACAAAUCUUGUAUCUCGUGAUACCAAUCCUAGUCCGGUCAUCAUCCAGAUGUUUCAAUGGAAUUGGGAUAGUGUGGCGAAAGAGUGCACCGAGUUCAUCGGACCCGCCGGAUACUCUUACGUCCAAGUCUCUCCCGCCACAGAGCACGCUGCCGGCGACGAGUGGUACUUCGAUUACCAGACCGUCUCGUACAACCUCGACUCUCGCCGUGGUAAUGCCGACCAGUUCGCCAACAUGAUCAACUCGUGUAAAAAUGCUGGUGUUGCUGUCUUGCUGGAUACGUGCUGGAACCAUAUGUCGGGUACGUACGAAGGUAACGGCGUUGGUGGAUCUUCCUUCAAGCAAUAUGAGUACCCUGGGUUUUAUUCGCCGGAACACUUCCACCACUGCGGUACAAAAGGUGAUGGAAUCGAGGACUAUAGCGACAAGUACCAGGUUCAAAAUUGCCAGCUCGCCAAUUUGGCCGACUUGAAGACCGAGGACGAUUAUGUACGCAAAACAAUUAUGCAGCACGCGAACGACAUGUUGGACAUGGGCGUCGCCGGGUUCAGACUCGAUGCCGCGAAGCAUAUACCCAUGGAAGAUUUGAACGCCAUAUUCGGUGGUCUUUCACGCAAACCUUUCAUCACCUCCGAAGUUAUCGGCUCAGGCCCUCCCAUCCCUCAGACAGACUACACCGGUCUCGGUCUCGUCUCCGCAUCUGACUACCAAGACAUGCUCCAGAAGGCUCUCAGGAGUGACGGCCUCGUUUCACUCCAGGAUAUCGAGAACAAGGUCGGAGGGUUGAGGUCGGACCAAGCCAAUACUUGGGUCAACAACAUGGAUUCAGAGAGAGGACUCGAUGGAGGAGGAAUCACAUACAAGGAAGGGAAGCUUUAUGCGUUGGCCCACGUAUUCGCGUUGACUCAUCCCUUCGGCACUCCUACUGUUCUGUCAUCCUACGAGUUCAACGAUGUGAAUGCAGGUGCUCCCAACGGAGGUACUGGUACAUGCGACGGAAACGCAGGCUCAAACGGCUGGAUCUGUCAACAUCGCUGGACUGCGAUCUCCAAUCUCGUCAAGUUCCGUAGCGCAACUUCCGGUGCACCGCUCACGAACUGGCAGUCUGGAAGUCCGGACCAGAUUGCGUAUGAGCGAGCGGGCAAGGGCUUCGUCGUAAUCAACAACUCUGACGGCGACUGGUCCAACUCGUGGACGUGCGGUCUUCCGGAUGGGAUUUACUGUGAUGUUGUUUCAGGAUCUAAGGACGGGUCACAAUGUACAGGAUCAUCGAUCAACGUCUCCGGAGGUACCUGCUCUGGGACGGCUCCUGCCCGUAACGCACUGGCAGUCUACACAGACUCGAAACUCUAA